ACCCGAUUCACUUGCUCAGAAUAAUUUACGCUCGCAGAUUGUGUCAAUCUCGUAAAUACCAAAAAUGAUUUGUUUUUUAAUGUGCUGCUUUCCUGGCGAUACCCGCGUCACGACGAGAUUCGGCGGAGUUAAGAGGUUGGACCAGUUGAAACGGGGGGAUGAAAUUUUGACCGUUUCGAAGAGAGGUGGGGUUCCGAAGUAUACGAAAUUUUACACGUGGGGCCAUCGCGAAGUGGACAGAACGACGGAAUUUAUCAUGAUUAAGACGAUCACAGGAAAAAUGCUGAAAAUUACUGGAGAUCAUUUGCUCUUUGUGGAGGGAAGGGUCGCCAUGAAGGCAGAAACGGUUAAGAAAGGUGACAAAAUUUGCACGAUUUCUCCUGACACAACUCUGGUUGAAGAACUCGUCGUGGACAUUUCCACGGAAACGUUGACCGGAAUCUACGCCCCAUUCACGAUGAGCGGUGAUUUCAUCGCGAACGGAUUCUUGGUCGGAUGCUAUGCAAACAUUGACAAUUUCCAGGUCGCCCAUGCAAGCGUGCUUCCAUUAAGAAUGUUCCAUAAAGUAGACAAAUCGUGGAAAAAGCACGGUACAAAUAAGGAGGAGCAACAAGGACUGCAUAACUAUGUCAAAAAUGUUUUUAAAAUUUGGGAUAAUUUGCCAUCCCGUGUUCAAGUAGCGAUUCAGAAGUGAGGAAAUAAAAAUAUGUUUUGAUAAUAAGCAAAGUAAAGAAUAAAAUUUUGUAAGAAAAACUCGGCUUAAAAUGGCUAAAUUCUAUACUGCGAACUUCGCACAACAAAUAUUAACACAUUUAUUUCAAUUUA